GGGUGGGGGAAUAUUUUGACAUAUUCUUAAUUCUGUAACUUUGGCAAGCUAGAUUUUCAAGUGAAUUUUCAAUUUAUUACAAAAUAAUUUCCAAACUAUUCAAAGAUCUGUGUAAUAGAAUUGCGUAAUUCCAAAAAUCAAAUGGAAGGCAUUUUAUGGAAGUGGACAAAUUAUUGGAACGGUUGGCAAACCAGGUGGUUCAUCUUGGACAAUGGUAUCUUGUCAUAUUAUAAAUCGCAAGAGGAAGUGAACCAAGGAUGCAAGGGUUCAGUGAAAGUAUCUGUGUGCCAAAUAAAUGUGAACCAAAUAGAUUCAACCCGAAUGGAUCUUGUAAUACCAGGCCAGCAGCACAUGUACCUUCGGGCUCCAUCUCCUCAGGACAGGCAGAAGUGGCUUGUGGCUUUAGGCAGUGCUAAAGCGUGUGUAGACUCUAAGGGUGACUUAAAAGGGUCUGAAGAUCCGAAUUCUUUGGGGCACAAGAAAUCUGAACUGCGACUGUACUGUGACCUGCUCAUGCAGCAGGUGCAUGCGGUAAAGAGUGCAGCUAACACAGAGGGUGGCCCUGAAGUUCAGACCCUUGAAGAUGCCUCAAGCCUCCUAUCUGCUACCUGCGACACCUUCAUUAGAACUCUGGAAGAUAUAAUGAAGCUAACUAGUGGUCCCACUACACCUAUGACAGCACCUUAUGAAAUGCCUGUACCCAAUCUUGCUAUGCCUAAAAAUGGCUCAAGCAAAUCGCAAAUAAGCUGUUAUGUUUCUGAUGUGAUGUUUGAAAAGUUAGUCAAGAAAUAUGCGAUCUCUCGUAGUUUGAUCUAUGGCACAUGUGCAUAACUAUACUUCUGUGAUAACUGUAAGUAUAACUUGUUUAAGUUUGUAUCACAAGCUAUCAUAAUAAUGAUAUCAUAGUGCAUACGUACCUUAGUGCUAUCAUUAGUUAUUUGAAUAACUUCAUACAUUUUAUGCAUAUUGUUGUUAGGCUCUAACGGAGCAUUAUUUUAUGAUUAUUUUAUUUAAACAGACUUGCUUCUCCAUGAUUUUUUUAUGACAAUGUGGUGUGAAUGAUAUGUUGUUUUAGUAACAUUGCUCUUGUGUACCUAUGUUACUUAUUAGAAAUAUAAUUAUAUUAUCGAACUAAAUUCUAAGUUAAAUAAGAAACUAAUAUAAUAAAACGAAAAACUACAACAAAAA